UUAGAGGGUUUUCUGAAUAUAAUGUCUUGGCAUCACCCUCUCCAGCAGUGUAUGCUCCCCUGUACUGUUAUUCUUUAAUUAGGAGUAUUGGUGAGCACUUUGCCCUGAGUUUAAGAUAUGCAACUUGGCAAGACAAAGGUGUCAGGAAAGAGCAGUGUUUGACGUGUUUGUCAUAUCUUAAGUCACUGUCAUGAAAUACAUAUCAGAAAGUUGUUUUGGGGCCACCCUUGGCCGAAUCAGGGGACCAUAUGAGGUACCAAGGGUCAAACCUAUAAGCUGGGUUGGCUGAGUGCAAGGCCAGACCUUUACCUGAAGUAGUAUCAUUCCAGCCCCAGUACAAUACUUUUUAAAGAUCACCAGGGAAUUUGACUUCGUCUUUUUUUUCUUCUUUUGCACAGAGGGGUUACUCCUGGCUCUGCACUCAGGAAUUACUCCUGGGACCAUAUGGGAUGCUGGGAAUCAAACCUGGAUUGGCGGUAUGCAAGGCAAAUGCUCUACCCGCAGUGCUAUCCCUCCAACCCCCAAACUUCGUUGUUUUACAGGGCUUCUCUUCCAGAGUUACAACCCAACACAUAGUUCUCACCACUCAAGAGUUGUCUAUAAAGUUUUACAUGAACUUUCGUCUCUCCUCAAACCUCGUAUUUAUACUGGGGUGGGAAGGGUGAUGCUUGGGCUAUACUGUGUGGUCCUCAGGGCUUAACUCUAAUUAGGGUGUCACUCCUGGUGGGGCUUUGAAAACAAUACGUGGUGCAUGCGAUAGAACUGGGGUCUGCGGGGCUUAACUCUAAUCAGGGUGUCACUCCUGGUGGGGCUUUGAAAACAAUACGUGGUGCAUGCGAUAGAACUGGGGUCUGCGGUGGCAAGGAAAGUGUCCGGGGUGUGUGUACGCUCCGUGGCGUCCAGGCCUGCCAGAACAUUUAAACCCCCAUACUAUGUCUGGGGUUCUUAGUCUGGUUGCUUUUCUCCGGACACAAAGGAGAAAUACUUCCUUUAAUGGUCCCAUGUCCAGGCUUCUGCAGCAUGCUCUGCUGCCCCCAAUACCUGACGGAUGACAUUCAGACCAAGUGUCACUUCUUCCAGAGGCCUUUCUGGAUUUGGUGAUUUCUCCAAAUCACACGCGCGCCCCCUUUUCUCCCUUCCCUGCCUAUCUCUCCCGAACUCAUUGCUGCCUGGCACGCGACUGUGCCCCAUUGGCCUUUCUCUCCAAGCUGCCCUCGGCCAACACGUAGAAGGGAACUUGGCACAAGACUUGCAGUAACUUUCUGCUGGACUGACGAGCACUGGCUAUGAGCAUGACGAAACAGCUUUCUUUCCUCAGAAAUCCCGAGUCCGCUUGGGAGCCAGAGGAGCGAACUGUCCCCGGUGCACAAGUCCGGAGCCCACUGGAGCCUGCGCCUCUGCCGCCUGAGGCUCUCGGGAACGGCCCGCAGUAUGCACCUGCGAGGCGGGAUCUCGCCCUUCUUUCCUCCCUAGAACACAGACGGGCCAACCGUCCCGUGCUGCUUGUUCCCCGGGCGAGCGCCUGGGCGCCGGGCAGGGUCCAGGCAGGGUCCGGCCGGGGCUCGGCCGGGGCGAGCUGGGCCGCGGCGGCGCAGACGCACUCGGACACGAGGCAAGAUGGCUGCCGGCAACCGCGUCGCCGGCGGCACCCUCGGGAGCCAGCGGCCGAGCAACGGGAGUGCCCCGGCCCGGCGUGGCGAGCCGAGGCGGGGCCGCGGAGCGCACGGGACAGCACCCUAAGGCCGCCUCCGAGCGGGACCGCCUCCUUCCACCUUCCCGGCGCGCUGGCCCACGGUCCGCUCCGCAGUGCCGCCGCGCAGGCGCACGCCCUACGGAGGCGUCCACUGUCCCGGGGGCCUGCGGGCGCUGUGCGCGCGUUUCUGGUCCUCGGCCUCUGAUUGGUCGUGCCGUCCCGCCAUCCCGCCCCCUGCGCUCUCUUGGCCCGGACGGAAGCGAGGGGGUGGUGCCAGGCGGCGCGUGCGCGAUACUGUUGCUGUCCCUCUGCUGCUAUUGCGUUGCAAAAAAAUUCUGUCUAGGUAGCCUUGGGCCUUUCUGUGCUAGAGGAUCUCAGGGCGUGAGGCGCUGCAGCUGGCGGGGCAGUUGGGUAUUAAUCCCAUUUACGCGAUCAGCACUCGCCCUUCCUGGAGGGUGGGCACGCACGGAGCGGGGACGGUACCUCCGCGCUGAGAAGCGAAGCGUGUAAAACCAUUUGUUUCGGGGCGUUCCGAGAGGCUUCGCAGGAUCGUUUUCUGCGUAAUUCUUCCGUGGUUACUGACUGGUCCAAACACACCCCCCGUGACCUGUGAUAAACCUGGGGGGCCCGCACCCCGCCUGUGGCGUGCCGGCGCGCCCCGCAGCUGCUCCGGCCGUGCCUCGGGCGGAACGGGCGCGUGCAGGUCCCACCCCCCGCCGCCCUCCGCGCCGCGGCCUCACGCACUCGCAGUGGUCGUGGCCGCUCCCGCCGCCGCCGGACGAGCAGCGGCGCCUGUGCAGAGCGGGAAGAUGGCGGCCGGCGGCGGCGGGGGCAGCGGCAAGGCCGCCUCCUCGUCGGCCUCCUCGGCGGGCGCGCUGGAGUCCUCGCUCGAUCGCAAGUUCCAGUCGGUCACCAACACCAUGGAGUCCAUCCAGGGCCUGUCGUCGUGGUGUAUCGAGAACAAGAAGCACCACGGCACCAUCGUGUACCACUGGAUGAAGUGGCUGCGGCGAUCUGCCUACCCUCAUCGUUUGAAUCUCUUUUACCUUGCCAAUGAUGUCAUACAGAACUGUAAAAGGAAAAAUGCAAUCAUAUUCCGUGAGUCAUUUGCUGACGUACUUCCUGAAGCAGCUGCUCUGGUGAAGGAUCCAUCUGUUUCUAAGUCUGUAGAACGAAUCUUUAAAAUCUGGGAAGAUAGAAAUGUGUACCCAGAAGAAAUGAUUAUGGCAUUAAGAGAAGCUUUGAGUACCACUUUCAAAACUCAGAAGCAGCUGAAAGAAAAUCUGAACAAACCACCGAAUAAGCAGUGGAAGAAAUCACAAACGUCCGCUAAUCCAAAAGCUGCUCUCAAGUCCAAGAUAGUUGCUGAAUUUCGAUCUCAGGCCCUCAUUGAAGAGUUGUUGCUAUACAAACGCUCUGAAGAGCAGAUCGAACUGAAGGAGAAGCAGCUGUCAACAAUGCGGGUGGACGUGUGCAGCACAGAGACCCUCAAAUGCUUGAAAGAUAAGACAGGUGGAAAGAAGUUCUCCAAAGAAUUCGAAGAGGCGAGCUCUAAGCUGGAGGAAUUUGUGAAUGGAUUAGAUAAGCAAGUGAAAAAUGGGCCCUCACUCACAGAAGCACUGGAAAAUGCUGGAAUUUUCUAUGAAGCACAGUACAAAGAAGUGAAAGUGGUGGCUAAUGCAUACAAAACCUUCGCUAACAGAGUGAACAACUUAAAGAAAAAGCUGGAUCAACUGAAGUCGACCCUUCCUGAUCCCGAGGAAUCCCCAGUCCCUUCCCCCAGCAUGGACGCCCCCUCCCCAACUGGCUCUGAGUCUCCUUUCCAGGGGAUGGGAGGUGAGGAGUCGCGGUCCCCUGCCAUGGAGAGUGAGAAGUCGGCCUCCCCUGAACCUGCGACAGAUAAUCGUGAUGUGGAAGACAUGGAGCUCUCCGACAUGGAAGAUGAUGGGGCCAAGAUCAUCGUCGAGGACAGAAAGGAGAAACCUGUGGACAAGUCAGCUGUCUCUACUUCCGUGCCUGCGAAGCCAACAGAAAGCAUCUCAAAGGCCCCUUCCUGUGCCCCUGUGCCUGUGAGCGUGGCUACAGCCGCCCCACCCCCAAAGCCUGUGAAUGCCACUUCUCUCCUCUCGCCUUCUCCGGCACUGGCUCUGCCAAACCUGGCUAACGUGGAUCUAGCCAAGAUAAGCUCCAUCCUGAGCAGCCUGACAUCAGUCAUGAAAAGUACUGGGGUCAGUCCUGCACCGAGACCGGCUCCAGGAACUCCUACAAGCCCCAGCAACCUCAGUGCCAGCCUGAAGCCUCCCGUGCCCGCCGCUGCUGUAGCCACCACCGCUGCUGCUGCUGCUGCUGCCACCACAUCUCACAAUCCUCUGGCGAAUAUCCUCUCAAAGGUGGACAUCACCCCCGAGAGCAUUUUGUCUGCUCUGUCAAAAACCCAGGCCCCGUCAGCCCCCACGCUGCAAGGCCUGUCAUCUCUGCUGCAGAGUGUGACUGGGAACCCUGUUCCGGCCAGUGAAGCCGCACCCCAGAGCACAUUGGCUUCCCCUGCCAGCACCACCAUCUCCAACAUCAAAGGAAGAAACCUGCCGUCCAGCACCCAGGCCUUCAUGCCCAAAAGCUUCAGCUAUUCUCCCAACUCUUCCACUUCUGAAGUCUCUUCCACGUCAGCCAGCAAGGCUUCCAUUGGGCCGGGCCCGGGGCUCCUGGGCACCCCCUUCAAGCUCCCGUCCAACUCCCUGGGCUUCACGGGGCCCCAUUCCACGCCCAGUGCUGCAGCGCCCCCAGCCCCAGCGGGCUCUGUGUGCCAAUCUUCAGACAUCCCAAAGCCAAAGCUAGAGUCGGAGUCCACGUCCCCGAGCCUGGAAAUGAAGAUCCACAACUUCCUCAAAGGGAACCCGGGCUUCAGUGGCCUGAACUUGAACAUCCCCAUCCUAAGCAGUUUGGGGUCCAGCACCCCCGCAGAGAACAACCCCGCAGACUUCCCACGCGGCCCCGCCAGCACUGCCGUGGACAACAUCGAUGGGACUCCUGUGCGGGACGAGCGGAGCGGGACCCCAACACAGGAUGAGAUGAUGGACAAGCCCACGUCCAGCAGCGUGGACACCAUGUCCCUGCUUUCCAAACUCAUCAGCCCCGGCUCCUCCACGCCCAGCAGCACGCGCUCGCCGCCCCCCGGCCGAGAGGAGAGUUUCCCCCGAGAGCGUCCCAACCCUGCAGCCCCCUUCCGCACCUUCGGCCUGGGCGGCGAGUCUCCCUACAAGCCGCCUUCAGACGGGCUAGAGAGACCUGCCCCGCUGAUGGACUCCUCACAGGAGAAGUUCUUUCCAGACACUUCUUUCCAGGAAGACGAGGAUUACCGAGACUUUGAGUACUCAGGACCUCCACCCUCAGCCAUGAUGAACCUUGAGAAGAAACCGGCCAAGUCCAUCCUGAAGUCCAGCAAGCUUCCGGAGGCAGCCGACUACCAGCCCAUCCUGUCCAGUUACAGCCACAGGGCACAGGAAUUCGGGGUGAAGACGGCCUUCCCCCCAGCCGUGCGGGCCCUCCUCGACUCCAGCGACAGCUGUGACCUUCUGACCUCUCCGCCUGGGCUCUUUGGCGCCUUCAGCCUCCAGGGGACUGAAACGGGGACCGAGCGGUCACCGUCCCCGAGUAAGAAUGAUUCGUUUUUCGCCCCAGACUCCAACCAUAGUAGCUUGUCACAGCCCUCCGCUGGGCACCUGAGCCUGCCCCAGAAGCAGUACCCCGACUCUCCGCACCCCAGCCCCCACCGUUCCCUUUUCUCUCCACAGAACGCCUCGGGCGUGGAGAAGGUCUUGGCCACAACCAUUUCCACCACGUCCGCCAUUGAGUUUAAAAACAUGCUCAAAAACGCCUCCCGCAAGCCCUCGGAGGAGAAGCAUUUCGGCCAGACCCCAGGCAAGGGCUGCGCAGCAGAUGGGGCCCUGGGGGGCCUGGCGCAGCCCGAGCCGCCGGCGCCCGAGGAGCACUACCGCAUCGAGACACGCGUGUCGUCGUCAUGCCUGGACCUGCCCGACAGCACAGAGGAGAAGGGGGCCCCCAUCGAGACCCUGGGCUACCACAACGCCGCGGCCCGGAGGAUGUCGGGGGAGCCCAUCCAGACCGUGGAGUCCAUCCGCGUGCCCGGCAAGGGCAGCAGGGGGCACGGGCGCGAGGCGGCUCGCGGGGGCUGGUUUGACCUCGGCUCCUCAGGGAGCGCCUUUGACAAUGGCCCCUCAAGUGCCUCUGAGUUGGCGUCUCUCGGGGGUGGGGGUGCAGGAGGCCUGGCCGGAUUCAAGCCCACACCCUACAAGGAGCGGGCACCCCCCUUCCAGGAGAGCGUGGGCAGCUUCCGCACCAACAGCUUCAACUCCACCUUCGAACGCCACCUGGCCCCGGCCCCCCUGGAGCCGUUCCAGAGGGAGUCUGUGGGCCCUGCGCCCACCGCGGCCGCCCCGCCCAAGGACCACGGGGGCAUCUUCUCCCGGGAGGCGCCCGCUCACAUGCCCUCGGUGGACCUGGCGAACCCCUUCACCAAGGAGGCUGCCCUGGGGCACGCCGCCGCUCCCCCACCUCCCGGAGACCACAGCGGGGUCCCCUUCCCUACCCCGCCUCCCCCUCCCCCACCCGGGGACCAUGGUGCAGCGGGGGGCAGUGGGGUCCCCUUUGCCACACCGCCGCCCCCUCCGCCCCCUGUCGACCACUCUGGGGUCGUCUCCUUCCCGGCCCCACCUCUGGCGGAGCACAGUGUGGCGGGGACGGUGGCGGCGCUCUUCCCCAAGGACCAUAGUGCCCUCCUGCAGGGGGCCCUAGCUGAGCAUUUUGGGGUGCUUGCUGGCCCCAGGGACCACGGGGCCCCCACCCAGCGGGACCUCAACGGCCCUGGACUGGGCCGCGUGCGUGAGGCCCUGAGCCUGCCCGCCCACUCCCUGGAGCACUUGGGUGCGGGCACUACCAGCAGCAGUGCCCCCUUGGGCCCCGCCCACAGAGACACCCUAAGCCGCAGCGGCAUGAUCUUGCGGAACCCCCGGCCUGACUUCCGGCCCCGGGAGCCUUUCGUCAGCAGAGACCCGUUCCACAGUCUAAAGAGACCCCGACCCCCCUUUGCCAGGGGCCCGCCGUUCUUUGCACCAAAACGCCCGUUCUUCCCUCCCAGGUACUGACAGAAAUGAAGGGAAAGGCAUUUUGAACAGUCUAGAGAGCAUUGCAAGUAGGAGUUCGGUUUCUUGUUGCUUUUGUUUUCCCGUCUUUAUUUUUUGUUAAUGACAUAAGGACCUCCCUCCUAACGCAAACGUCAUCGAGCUUACAUUUCACUCUCGUCCGGGACUCCCCCCCUCCUGCCGCACUUACCUACCAUACUGAAGUGGUUUCUGUGUUUAAAAUGGGGGUGUUGGGGGAGCCAGCAAAGAGACACAACCAAAGCCUCUUUGCGCAGCCAGGGUCUGGGGCAGGAGGAGAAUGACAUCUUUUAUCCAUCUGUGGAAGAGUGACAUUUGAAAUAAAACGUCCACCAGUGCAGAAAAUAAUGCGUUCGAUGUUGGGGUGUUCUUUGGGGCUUGGCUCAAGCAGUAAAUGGAUGGGCACCGCCUGUCCAUUUUCUCUGCCAGCAGCGGGUCCCUUCCCUGCAUGUCUGCCGGGACAGGAGGUAUGGCCAGGGAAAAAUGCGGGAGACUUGGGUCUGUUUUGCGUUGUUUUGUUUCACUUUAAAGUCCUGUCAAAAUCGAGUCCUUUCUCCUCAGCUUUUUUUUUUUUCAACCACCCACUUCUAAAGUACCAUCCAGCGGUAAGACUCUGGGAGAUGAAGUCUCGGUCUGUGCUGGUGUGGAAGUUCCUCUGUGGUGAACUGAGGGUUCUGGAAGUGGCAGCAGCAGUAGUUAGAGGGAGGGACCGAUUGUGGCUGACCCACCAGCCUGGCCCUCGCAUACGAGAUGGCUUCUUCCUGUGUGAGUGUCUCUCUGUUUCCCUUAGACUUUGGUGAAAAUCAUUGGAACUGAUGAUUGUCACAAAGGUGCACUGAAAUUCCCUCCCUGGAUUCCAUCUCCCUGGGAGAUGUUUGAGCUGGCCCUCCCCAGUGAGCCAGGAACAGUCUCAGCCCAGCGGGGAGCCCGUGGCCCUCUUUCAUCUUUCUUCUCCCGCUCCACGCCCUAUAUUUACCUGUAUUCCUGAUCUUUCAAGGAUGAGGAUGAGGUUCAGCAGCUCUGAAUGUUCUCCAUGUGCAGAUGUACCUUGGUGAUAAGUAGGGGUUAAUUACAUCCAACUGGGGACAGACUGGAGGUGACUACAAAUCCAUCCACCUUUCUCAUUGUCCACUCCCAGCAGGAAAUGAUGGUUCUGCCUGUAGUCAUUUUACUCAAGAAAAGUGCUUUUCUUCUCCCACAGUACUGGGAAGGAAACCACUGCACUUUGUUUAUAUCUGUACCUAGGGACACAGAAGAGCAAACGUUUUACUACUUUCUGUUUGAUAGUGAACCCCAAGCCGCAUCCUGUUAAUAACAUCUGAUGAAUAAACAGUACAUGCUGCAUUUACUGGGGUGUCCUAGCAAGUUUGAUUUUUUCUCGUUAGAUUACUACUCUAGGAAGUUCAGGCUGGUUCUAGGUUCCUCCAGUGGGAAACUACAGUUGGAGGUGGGGGCGAGGUAGUAACAAGAUGACUUCUGUCUCAGAAUAAACUCGGAUUUUCAGAAAAAGAGCACCCAGAACCAGGUGUGCACUCAGUAGCUGAGGGCUUCUGUGUGUUUAUUCUAUGUUAUUUCUGCGGCUUUCCGUGUGUUCCGUGGUAGAAUGCUGCACUUGUUCAUGGAUUCAUCUCCCUAAUGCGUUUCUGAUCUUAAGCCAGAUGUUGCUACUUUGAGUUUGUCGAGCCUUACAAUUCUCUCCAUGAAAAUGUGUGUUGCCACGACCUUAUAUAUAACGAGGUAGGAUAUAUGGUGUAACAAAAGAGAUGAUCAAGCAAUGCUGAGUCCGAAGACAUUUGUUCAGGGGAGAGUGGGAGGGAGGGCGGUGAGAAUUCUAUUCUACUGAAAAUUGAUAGAUUUUUGCCCCCCAGAAAUCAAGUGGGAUAUUUUCUACUCUAGAAUAAAAGAAUGUGAAUUCUUUCUGCUGCUUUUGUUUAAGCUGAAAGUAGUGUUUACUUGAAAAAGCUCUCUGACCAUUUGAAUUUGUCAGAAAAUGUGGGGAUACGAGGAAAGUGGCUUCCUGAGUGUCGGACAGGGUAAUUAUCCUCAAAAGCAUGAAAGGAAGAACUUGUGUAGUUUAAAAGAUGGAUGAGCUUUAAUGAGUUGGAUGGGGGUUGGGGGGUGGGUUUUGGGGUUUUUUUGUUUGUUUUUGUUUUUUUUGGCGUGUGGAAGAUUUUAUUUUUUAAGCCACAGAGUCCUUAGUGUGUUUGUUCAGAGUGGAAGUGAGGAUUUGUGUGUGACUCUCAGCUAUUAACUUCUAGGAUACCUGUCUGCAGUAAGUCAGAUGACAAUGUACAUAUGUGAUAUAGUACAACAAAAAAAGAAUUCUGGUCUUCAUAACAUGAAACAAAGGGGGUUUUAUUCUUUCCGUGUCUGUGAUUUAAAACUCACUCAAUGACUUUUGUAUUUCAACCUGAGUUUAAAACAAUAAACAAGCUAUUUUUUAAAGAAAGCAUCACACAAUGUGUCUUAGCAAGGACAUGAUUCACGAGUGCAGGCUGUGAGAAGUGGGUGCUCGGGAUGCCAGUGCUCACUGUGACAUCAAAGACUGGAGGAGUGGUAGGCGUGCAUGCCCUGGCACUCUCCCCAGUGACAUAGUAUCAGAACCAACCUUGAGUUUCUGCCGCACAGAAAUAUGAAUUCUCUCUCCUUCUGCCUCCCCCCCCUUCCCCAAAGUUGUCAGUUAACAGAAUCUGGUUCUGUUCUAGGAAGGUUAAAAUGGGCUGCUGGCUGGACUUUGAUUCCUGGUCCCAGGAUACUGUAUAUGAUCUUCAUGGUACAGCAGACCUGUCUAGCUGAUGCCAAUCUGUACUGCUUCCUCAUUGCAGAGAAACUCAUUCCUGGAGUUAUUGGUUCAUGCCGAAUUAAGCUUCAGCUGAUACUAUUUUGAAGCUGCUGUACAAUACUUCUCCAGCCCGGCUUUUUUCUCUCUCUCUCUCUCUCUCUCUUUCCCUCCUUUUUAAGCCCCCCUAUUUUUUCACAUGAGUGGGGUAACUGUUAAGAUAAAAAUUAGAUCUGUCUGGUUAAUAUAUUCUCAUGUGUUCAGUAUGCAAAGUAAGUCCUGGCUCCAGGGGGGAUGAACAGUGAAAUCCUUUUGAAAUGUGUAUUAAUAUCAUUUAAUAAAAUAACAAGUUCUAAAGAUUUGAUAUUUUUCUUUGAGAUGUGGGGCUUGGACCAAGGGCCUCUGAUAUUUCUGGUGAGUGCGAAUAGGAGACACCACUUCGCAGAGCUGAUGUACUCGGAGCAAGCCUGGAUUUGGAAACCCUCCGUGUUGUCCGCCUAAAAUCCUCUGUGACUCCAGGACUGAAGGCAAAACCAGCUCCAGAGAUCAGAAAGGAAAGCCUGGCUUGCUCUCUCUGAAGAUCUGAUUAUACUGGGGUUUGAUCAAAGUCGGGGGAAGGCCUUCUGCGCCUGCACGUCUCUGAGGCACAUGGAGGGUCCCACAGGCCACCCGUCUUGUCCUCAAGGGAGUCUACUUGCAUUUUCCCCUCCAGUUAUUCCCCUCACUUUUUUCCCUUUUAAAUCUUUGUCCCUAGUAUUGCUUUCUGUUUUCCAGUUCAAUAAAGUCUGGUUGCCUUUGUUGUGCGGUUCCCUUU